AUGUCAUUUACAAUCCAACCGACCAGCAAACUGAGGGGGCGACUACAGGUAUCAGCAGCAUUUCACUCCAUCUAUCUGAUAAAUUUUUCUGCUUCUAUCGCCUCAAAAAUUCCUGCUCGCCCCAACGGUGAUGGCUCGGUGACUCUAGUACUCCGAGUAUCUGGCCGCCAGCUGCCAGGCAUCAAGACGCGGAAUGAGGUUGGUGUGAUGAAGUGGGUGCGAGAAAACACGACCAUCCCAAUCCCGGCAGUUGUUCGCUACGAUGACACCGAGUCUAACGUGAUCGGACAUGAGUUUACUCUUCUGGAAAAAGUGCCGGGUUCGAGUGUAGAUCAAAUCUACUCCGCGCUCUCUCGGGACGCUCGUACCAAGCUGGUCGGCCAGCUAGUGGAUUUUCUGCACGAAUUACAUACGGGUCCGUGGAAGGAUGGAUUUGUGGGUGGAUUAGCUCUUCGUGGGGAUGAUAUUACAGCCGGUCCUCCAAUCGAUGAGAAUUACUGGCAAGCUCUUGACUUGGAGCGAUAUUGGGAAGACCUGGGGGAGACCCUCGAGUCAAUAAAUUCAAUCCCGCAGAGUGGCUUCUCAAAUUAUGUGGAGUUCACCGUAGGUUGUUUGGAGCGCUAUAUACAUGCUAUCCAAAAACACCCAUCGCUCGAAGCCUUUCGAGACAUAGUCCCACGAAUGCGGUCGUUCAUAACGACUAUCCAAACCCCUGCCUAUGCCGAGGAACUCAAUAACGUUGCAUACGUUCUUGCACAUAAAGAUCUGCAUUUCGGCAAUGUUAUGUGUGAUCCUGACCAUCCGGAUUGCCCUAUCACCGCGAUUUUGGAUUGGGAGUUUAGCGGCGUGGUACCUGCUCCACGGUGGAAUCCACCUCGAGCUUUCCUUUGGAACACAAGAACGUCCCCGGAAGAUAAGGUAGAGCAGAGUCGCAUGGAGGAUGUUUUCAAGUCUAUUUGUCAAGAGAGAGGGCUCGGCAAGAUGUUGGAUGAAAUGCAGCUCAGUCCACUACAAGAGUCGAUGCAGACUGUCGUCAACUACAUUCGUGCUAUCGUGGAAGUAUGUCCUAGGGGACAGGCUCAGGACCGUGUGGGUCAAUGGAGAAAGGUUGCAGAGACAGCAUUGGAGAAAUUUGGUGUGUAG